UAUGGUGGAAUAUAUUGGAAAGGAAAAUAUCAAUUCAAUGCCUGUAGGAGAUAUCAAACCAUCGCACAAUAAACAUCGAUACAUUACUCCAGUGAUUGCUGCUUGCUUGAGAGAGAAAUAUGACGUUGUAAAAUACUUAGUUGAUAAUGGAGCAGAUUUAAAUCCUCAAAAAAGUUAUUAUCCUGCUUUAUGGACACCAGCUAGAACCGGGGAUCUCAGAAAAGUAAUGGAGUUACUCAAAUUUGGUGCUGAUUGUAACAAAUGCAGUGGAAGGGAGAUUUCUCCUUUGUAUAUGGCAUCAAGAUUCGGUCAUUUGGAAGUCGUUAAAAAACUCAUUGAGCAUGGUGCCGACAUUAACAAAUGUGAUAUAAAAGGUUGGUCAUCCUUGCAUAUAGCAUCGCUAUAUGGUCAUUCAUUUGUUUUAGAAACAUUAAUCCAUAAGGGUGCUGAGUGCGAUCGAUGCGAUAAAAAUAAAGUAACUCCUUUACAUAGAGCGUCUUUAGAAGGUCAUGUUCCUGUUGUAGAAAUUUUAUUGAAAAAUGGUGCCGACAGCAACAAGUGUGAAAUUCAUGGUUCAUCGUCUUUGCAUCUAGCUUCAUUAAAUGGUCAUUUGUCUGUUGUAGAGACAUUACUACUGCACGGUGCUGAGUGUGAUAGAUGCGAUGAAGAAAAUCUAACACCCCUACAUUUUGCUUCAUUUAGAGGAUUUGUUCUUGUUGUAGAAAAAUUAGUAGAACAUGGUGCUGACGUCAACAAGUGUAACAAUAAUGGUCGGUCUUCUCUGCAUUUAGCUUCACAAAAUGGUCAAUUGUCAGUCGUAGAAAAAUUAAUUUCCCACGGUGCUAAAUGUGGCCAGUGCGAUAUAAAUAAAUCAACUCCUUUGCAUUUUGCAUCCGAGGAAGGCCAUCUUCCUGUUGUAGAAAAACUGAUUGAACAUUGUGCUGAUGUCAAAGUAUGUAACAUUCACGGUCAGUCUUCUCUGCAUUUAGCAUCAAAACGUGGUCAUUUGCAUGUAGUAAAAACAUUAAUUAGACACGGUGCUAAAUGUGACCAAUACGAUAUAAAUAAAUCAACGCCUUUGCAUUUUGCAUCCGAGGAAGGCCAUCUUCAUGUUGUAGAAAAACUGAUUGCACAUUGUGCUGAUGUCAAAGUGUGUAAUAUUCACGGUCAGUCGCCUCUGCAUUUAGCAUCAAAACGUGGUCAGUUGCAUGUAGUAGAAACAUUAAUUCGACAUGGUGCUGAAUGUGAUCAAUGCGAUAACAAUAAUUUAACUCCUCUACAUAAAGCGUGUUUUGGGGGUCAUUCUCUCGUGGUAGAAAAAAUUAUUGAAAGUGGAGUCGACAUCAACAAGAGUGAUAAUAAAGGUUCAUCACCUCUUCUUUUAGCCAUAUGGGAGGGCCAUCUUCCAGUUGUAGAAAAGCUUAUUGAACUCGGUGCAGACAUCAACACCUGUUAUAUAAAUCGUUGGACACCUCUCCUUUUAGCAUCAUGGGAAGGCCAUGAUUUAAUUGUAGAAAAAUUACUGGGAAGCGAUGCGGAUGUCAACAAGUGUAAUAAUUAUGGUUGGUCACCCCUACUUUUAUCGUCAUGGAAAGGUCAUUUAUCAGUUGUAGACAUACUUAUAAUGCACGGUGCCGACAUCAACAACGUCUACAUCAAUGGUUGGUCACCUCUAUCUUUAGCGUCUUGGGAAGGCCAUCUUUCAGUUGUAGAAAAACUCAUUGAGCAAGGAGCUGACAUCAACAAAUGUGAUGUCAAUAGUAAGUCAUCAAAGAAUUCAAAGAAUAAUCAGACAGCUGUUGUUGAAACAAAUAUUAAAGAACCUUCAAUGAGCCAUGCUCCGAUUGUAGAAAUAAUGAGUGAAAGCGGUACCGACAUUAACCAGUGUGAUUAUAAUGGUUCAUCACCUUUACUUUUAGCGAUAUGGAAAGGGCAUCUGUCAGUUGUGGAAAAGCUUGUUGAACAGGGUGCAAACAUAAAUAGGUGUUAUAAAAAUGGUUGGUCACCUUUACUUUUGUCGUCAUGGAAAGGCCAAUUUCAAGUUGUAGAAAAACUGUUGAUGCAUGGUGCUGACAGCAAUAACUGUUAUAUUAAUGGCUGGUCUCCUUUAUCUUUAGCAUCGUGGGAGGGUCAUCUCUCGGUUGUAGAAAAACUUAUUGAGUAAGGUGCUGAUGUGAACAAAUGUGAUGCUAAUGGUCAGUUACCUCUGCAUUUAGCGGCAAAGAAUUGUCAUUUUUCUGUGGUGAAAACAUAGACUCUGCAUUUGUUUGAUAAACUUAACUGAUAAAAAAAAAACAAAGAAAACAUCUUUAGAAAAUGGAUUCGAACUUAUGAUUAUUUACAACAAGAUUGCAAAUCAAUUGUAAGAGACUAGUCUUUCGGUAUUUCCUUAUCUUCAUCAAGUAACCAUAGUCGA